CAUUUACUGGAAAAAUUAAUAUAAGGAAUAUAGAAAGCAGAGAAACCGUUUGGAACAAUCAAACUUUUAAGGCUGAAGAAACAUCAAAAUCAAGGGUAAUUAUAGAUCAAAAACUAAACCUUGAAAAAUCAGUGACAGCAAAAUCAAUUGGAAAAAAUGAGGUGAGAAAUCGAACUAUUGGAACGGAAAAAAAUUUCAUUAGUUUAAAAUCAAGCAAGAAAAAUGAAGAUGGGGAACAAAUUAGAAGCAUUAAUUCAUCAUUAAAGCAUGAAACAUAUGGAACUGAAGUACAACUGACUUUUAGAAGUAAAAAUCAAAACAUUUUUGACAAUGCCUAUCAAUUGGAUAUCACUAAUCUUAGAGUUUAUGUCUAUGAAUUAGACCCAGGGUUUAACCUAGAUGCAAUAGACUGCCUUAAUAAAAGACCAAAAAACUAUACACAUGGUGCUGGUUGUCACUAUGAUGAAAAUCGUGGCUAUGGACGAGCUGAUGGAGAAUUUGGUAGAGGGGUGAAGAUCUUUAAACAGUGUCAGCAUGGUAUAGAAGUGAUAUUUCAUAACAAACUUUUGAAGAGUCCAUAUAUGACAGAAAAUCCUGAUGAUGCCGAUUUAUUUUUUGUGCCAUAUUAUGCCUCUUUGAUCUGUUUCUGCCAAGAGAAUGUGAAACAUUCAGACACGGCGAUAUGGGAAGUUCUCAAAGCAUCUAAGCCUUACAUACAGAAGAAACCACAUUUCUUUGCAAUAGGAGUUCCACAAAGGGAUUUAUUCUCAAAUCCAAAAUGGACCCCCCACUGUCAUUUUUUGAGAAACAGAACACAGUUGGAUUUUGUAAAGUAUGCACACAUUGAAUCAAAUCCUCUGUUAAAAGAUGGCAUUGAUAUACCAAGAGAAUCGUAUAUUCAUUUCAUCAGCCCUGAUGUAGCGUUUCCACGCAUCAAAAAGGACAUUUUAGUUUUCAUGGCAGGAAAACCACUUGGAAAAUCCCUUCGGAAAAUACUGAUCAGACAAAUAACUGAUAAAACGGGCAAUAAUUCAUGGAAAAUCGGGACUUAUUUUGAUUUGACUCCAGGAAAAAAGUCAUGCUGGGAUUCUGCUUCAUUAAAACUAUCUAAGAUUAAGUGCUUACUUAAGUCGGCACAAAGGAGUAUAUUUUGCCUUCAGCCCCCCGGUGACACCCCAACAAGGAAAUCAUUCUAUGAUAUGAUGCUAACAGGAUGUAUACCAGUGAUAUUUACCUAUCACCCGACAUAUUUCUACCCAUUCCAAAAUCUCAUUAAGUAUAACUAUCCUUUCAAUUAUGACAACUUUACUGUUUAUAUCAAAGAGGAACGUAUUACUAAGCAAGGAGAGAACAUCAUUGAUAUCUUGUCAAAAAUCCCUAGGGAUAAGAUCAUGAGUAUGCAGGAACAUUUGAAGAUGAUUGCCAAAUAUUUCCAAUAUGGUACAUAUGGAAAUGGGGAGGAU